GCCGGCUCCCCGCGGGCCCGGGAGGUUUCACUGCACAACAAGAUGGCGGCGGCGGCGGCGAGCGGAGCUGGCGGGGCUGCCGGGGCCGCAGCGGGGGGAGCCGGGCCGGCGGGCCGCCUGCUGCCUCCGCCCGCCCCGGGGCCCCCGGCCGCCCCAGCUGCCGUGCCCCCGGCGGCUGGCCCGCCGCGUCCCCCAGCCCCGGCCUCCCGCGGGCCGGUGCCUGCCCGCAUCGGCUACUACGAGAUCGACCGCACCAUCGGCAAGGGCAACUUCGCUGUGGUCAAGCGGGCCACGCACCUCGUCACCAAGGCCAAGGUUGCUAUCAAGAUCAUAGACAAGACCCAGCUGGAUGAAGAAAACUUGAAGAAGAUUUUCCGGGAAGUUCAAAUUAUGAAAAUGCUUUGCCACCCCCACAUCAUCAGGCUCUACCAGGUUAUGGAGACAGAACGGAUGAUUUAUCUGGUGACAGAAUAUGCUAGUGGAGGGGAAAUAUUUGACCACCUGGUGGCCCAUGGCAGAAUGGCAGAGAAGGAGGCCCGUCGGAAGUUCAAACAGAUUGUGGCAGCUGUCUAUUUUUGUCACUGUCGGAAUAUUGUUCAUCGUGAUCUAAAAGCUGAAAAUUUGCUUCUGGAUGCCAAUCUGAAUAUUAAAAUAGCAGAUUUCGGCUUCAGUAACCUGUUCACUCCCGGGCAGCUGCUGAAGACCUGGUGUGGAAGCCCUCCCUAUGCCGCGCCCGAACUCUUUGAAGGAAAGGAAUAUGAUGGUCCCAAAGUGGACAUCUGGAGCCUUGGAGUCGUCCUGUAUGUGCUUGUGUGCGGUGCCCUGCCGUUUGAUGGGAGCACACUGCAGAAUCUGCGGGCCCGGGUGUUGAGUGGAAAGUUCCGCAUCCCAUUUUUUAUGUCCACAGAGUGUGAGCACCUGAUCCGCCACAUGCUGGUGUUAGACCCCAGUAAACGCCUCUCGAUGGAGCAGAUCUGCAAGCACAAGUGGAUGAAGCUAGGGGACGCCGAUCCCAACUUUGACAGGUUAAUAGCUGAAUGCCAGCAAUUAAAGGAAGAAAGACAGAUUGAUCCCCUGAACGAGGAAGUCCUCUUGGCCAUGGAGGACAUGGGACUGGACAAAGAACGGACACUCCAGUCAUUAAGAUCGGAUGCCUACGAUCACUAUAGUGCAAUCUACAGCCUGCUAUGUGAUCGACAUAAGAGACACAAAACCCUGCGUGUCGGAGCGCCUCCUAGCUUGCCCCGUGCCAUGGCCUUUCAAGCAGCAGUCAAUGUCCAGGCGGAGCAGGCCGGUGCCACCAUGAACAUCAGCGUUCCCCAGGUGCAGCUAAUCAACCCUGAGAACCAGAUUGUGGAGCCGGAUGGGACAUUGAACUUGGACAGUGAUGAGGGUGAAGAGCCCUCCCCUGAAGCGUUGGUCCGCUAUUUGUCAAUGAGGAGGCACACAGUGGGUGUGGCUGACCCACGCACGGAAGUUAUGGAAGACCUACAGAAGCUCCUGCCUGGUUUUCCUGGAGUCAACCCUCAGGCCCCAUUCCUGCAGGUGGCCACUAACAUGAACUUCAUGCACAACCUGCUGCCCAUGCAAAACUUGCAACCAACUGGUCAGCUUGAGUACAAGGAGCAGUCCCUCUUACAGCCUCCCACCCUACAGCUGCUGAAUGGAAUGGGCCCCCUCGGCCGGAGGGCAUCGGAUGGAGGAGCCAACAUCCAACUACAUGCCCAGCAGCUGCUGAAGCGCCCACGGGGACCCUCCCCGCUUGUCACCAUGACACCAGCAGCACCGGCAGUUACCCCUGUGGACGAGGAGAGCUCAGAUGGGGAGCCAGACCAGGAAGCUGUGCAGAGGUACUUGGCAAAUAGGUCCAAAAGGCACACACUGGCCAUGACCAACCCUACAGCUGAGAUCCCACCGGACCUACAGCGGCAGCUAGGACAGCAGCCUUUCCGUUCCCGGGUCUGGCCUCCUCACCUGGUACCUGAUCAGCAUCGCUCUACCUACAAGGACUCCAACACCCUGCACCUCCCCACGGAGCGUUUCUCCCCCGUGCGCCGGUUCUCAGAUGGGGCUGCAAGCAUCCAGGCCUUCAAAGCUCACUUGGAAAAGCUGGCCAACAGCAGCAGCAUCAAACAGCUGCAGCAGGAGUGUGAGCAGCUGCAGAAGAUGUACGGGGGGCAGGUUGACGAAAGAGCCCUGGAGAAGACCCAGCAGCAGCACGUGCUGUACCAGCAGGAGCAGCACCACCAGAUCCUCCAGCAGCAGAUCCAGGAUUCUAUCUGUCCUCCUCAGCCUUCUCCACCUCUCCAGGCUGCAUGUGAAAAUCAGCCAGCCCUCCUCACCCACCAGCUCCAGAGGUUACGGAUCCAGCCUUCAAGCCCACCCCCCAGCCACCCCAACAACCAUCUCUUCAGACCACCCAGUAAUAGUCCUCCCCCCAUGAGUGGCGCCAUGAUCCAGUCUCACGGUGCUGCGUCGCCCUCCCAGUUUCCGGGCUUACCCUCCCGCAGUGCUGUCUACCAGCAGCAGCCUGAGAACUGCUCCCCCCCUCCCAGCAUGGCCCUCACCUGCCUGGGCAUACAGCAGCCCGCCCAGUCACAGCAGGUGACCAUCCAAGUACAGGAGCCUGUUGACAUGCUCGGAGGCAUGCCGGGGGCCGCUGCGGGCUCUGCCGGGCGGGGCAUGUCCAUCAGCCCCAGUGCCAGUCAGAUUCAGAUGCAGCACCGUACCAACCUGAUGGCCGCCUUCAGCUAUGGGCACCGCCCCCUGUCCAAGCAGCUGAGUGCCGACAGCGCGGAGGCCCACAGCUUGAACGUGAAUCGGUUCUCCCCUGCUAACUACGACCAGGCGCAUUUACACCCCCAUCUGUUUUCGGACCAGUCCCGGGGUUCCCCCAGCAGCUACAGCCCUUCAACAGGAGUGGGGUUCCCUCCAACCCAAGCCCUGAAAGUCCCUCCACUUGACCAAUCGCCCACCUUCCCUCCCAGCGCGCACCAGCAGCCACCGCACUAUACUGCGUCGGCGCUGCAGCAAGCCCUGCUGUCCCCCACGCCGCCAGACUAUACCCGACACCAGCAGGUACCCCACAUCCUCCAAGGACUGCUCUCCCCCCGGCACUCACUCACCGGCCACUCGGACAUUCGGCUGCCCCCGGCAGAGUUUGCACAGCUUGUUAAAAGGCAGCGGCAGCAGCAGCAGCAACAGCAGCAACAGCAGCAGCAAGAGUACCAGGAGCUGUUCAGGCACAUGAGCCAGGGGGACGCUGGGAGUCUGGCUCCCGGUCUCGGGGGACAGAAUAUGACAGAGCGCCAGGCUUUAUCGUAUCAGAAUGCUGACUCGUAUCACCACCACCACACCAGCCCCCAGCACCUUCUCCAAAUCAGGGCACAGGAACGCAUGGCUCAGGCUUCCUCCCCCAGCCCGGCCCAUGGGUACGCUCAGCAGCCAGUGCUCACGCACUCGGAGAGCAUGGAAGAGGAGGGCCCCUGUGAGGCGGCCAAGGAUGGCUUUCCAGACAGGACGAGCCCCAAUACAGCGACCAGAGGUUGCCGUGACAGCACCCUACUCUUGAGUACUGGCGGACCCGGGGACCCCGAAUCUUUACUGGGAACUGUGAGCCACGCACAGGAAUUGGGGGUACAUCCCUACCGGCAUCAGCCACCUGCUGCAUUCGGUAGAAACAAGGUGUCCAGCCGAGAGUCUGUGAUGGGGAACUGCAUGGAUAGAAGUUCUCCGGGACAAGCAAUGGAGCUGCCGGAUCACAAUGGACUUGGGUACCCAACACGCCCCUCUGUCAACGAGCACCACAGGCCCCGGACCCUCCAGAGACACCACACGAUCCAGAACAGUGAUGAUGCUUAUGUGCAGCUGGAUAACUUGCCGGGAAUGAGUCUCGUGGCUGGAAAAGCACUUAGUUCCGCCCGGAUGUCAGAUGCGGUUCUCAGUCAGUCCUCGCUCAUGGGGAGCCAGCAGUUUCAAGAUGGGGAAAAUGAAGAAUGCAGGGAGAAUCUAGUUGGUCACGAGCAUCCGGACCUGGCUGACGGCAGCCAGCAUUUAAAUUCCUCUUGCUAUCCAUCCACGUGCAUCACAGACAUUCUGCUCAGCUACAAGCACCCCGAGGUCUCCUUCAGCAUGGAGCAGGCAGGCGUGUAACAGGAAACGGAGAGUUUGUGUACAGCUCGGGAGUGAAAUGACUUCACACCAACAGUAUCUCGCAGCAUUGCGCCAAAUUGCCAUUGUGUUUCUGUCCACCUAGAGCGUCACGGCUCCUUCCCUCACUUUGGUUCAUCAGUGUGCGGUUCUUUCGGGUUCUGAGGGGGUUUUGCCAUGUUUGCUUGUAUGACCGAGUCACCAAGGAAAUAAACAGGAUAUUCGUGUUCGCCA